AUGUCAAAAUUUUUAUCAACUUUAAUUUUAUUGUUUUUUCUCUUUUAUAAUUUAAAAUGUAAUAUAUUUAAGUUAAAUAAAAAUGAGAAUAUAAAUUUAGACAAUGAUUAUUCUUGUGCUUUCUAUAAAAAUAUAGAAAAAAAAUUUAAUUUUAAAUCAAAUAGUUUUAAAAAUCAGGAUAUAAUUCUUAUUAUUGAUGAAAAUUUUGAAUUAUCAAAAAGUAUUGGUUUACAAAUAACUUGUCUUCUUAAUUUUAUUAAAUCUUUAAAAACUAAAUGUAAAAUACAAAAAUUAAUUUUAAAAAAAUCUAUAUAUACAAAAUUUCAUUGUGAAAAUUUAUACAAAGUUAUGGGUAGACCAGCUAGUAACAAAACAUUUAUUGUUGUUAGUGGUACUCCUUAUGUUUGUAAAAAACGUGUAGUUAUAGGGCACUAUAUUUAUUUUUCUGCUAAUCCAAUUCCAGCAAUAUUAAGUAAAUUAUCUGCUAGAAAUUUUAAAAAAAAUUAUGAUAUUAAUUUAAAAAAAACAUCAAUAGGAAAUUCAACUUAUUUUAAUUUUAAAAACAAUAUUUUAAAAACAAAUAUCUAUACAGAAAGUGCAAUUUUUAAAAGUAUUAAUUUAUCAAUGAUUGAAAAUUUUACAGAAGAAUAUAAUAGUGAAAUAACAACAUGUGAUGUUUAUGAAAAUGAAGAUAAUAACAAUAUUGAUAUUAAAAUGUUAUAUACUAGAAUAAAAAAAAAUCUUAUAAAAGCAAAAAGUGAGGGAUAUGGUGAUAUUACAUUUUCAUUAAAUUACAAUUUUGAUAAUGUUACCAAUACAUACAAAUAUGGUUUACAUCAACAAUGUACAUGUGUCUAUACAAAUUCUGAUAUUCUUUUUUGUAAAUUACUAGAAAAAAAUGAAAUUUUUUAUUUAAAUAUAGAUAAAUAUUCAAAGAUAUUAAAUAAAAAUACAUAUGAAGAAAAUUUUAUUUCUAUAUGGAAUAAAAUAAAAGAACAUAAUCACCCUUUAUUUGUAAAAUAUAAAAUUUCUAGUGAUUCAAAGAUGAAUUUAAAAUAUGAUUAUCAUAAAUAUAUAAAUGUUUAUGUGAAUACAAAAAAAGCAAAUCUUGAAUUUUAUUUAAAAAUAAUAUCAAUUACCAAACCAUUUAUUACAAAAAAUGAUUUACUUAAUUUUGUAAAACUUUUUAAAUUUUAUACAUCAAGCCAAAACUUUGGAUUUUUAAAAUUAAAAAAAAUUAGAAAGAAAGAAAGACAACCAUUUAUUAAAAAUGAUAACUAUGUAUCACUUUUAAGUAGUGUUUAUAUAACAUUAAUUUCACUUUUAUUUAUUGGUUUAAUUCCAAGUAUUAUUUUUUUCCGUCAACAACGUAUAUUAGCAUUAAAAAAAAUUGUUGAAAUUGAAAAUCAUGAUUAUGAUUGUAUCAAACUUGAAUGUUCUAUUAAAAAUGUUUGUACUAAAAAAGAAUUAAUUCAGAUACAAAAAGUUAUUAGAAUUGAAAAUGAAAUUAAAAAACAAAUGUUAGUAGAUAAACUUCAAAGAAAAUUCAAAUAG